UCUAAUCUUGCAAAUGGCAGGAAAAAUGAUUAAAACGAUUCUUUUGCUGUCAUUAUUUUUUGUACUGGGAAUUCCUUGCUUUUCUCUUCCUUUGUCAACAAAUGGAAGAUGGAUAGUUGAUGCGAAAACAGGCCAAAGAGUGAAGCUAACUUGUGCAAAUUGGCCAUCCCAUGUUGAGUCAAUGCUAGCAGAGGGUCUCGACAAGAAGCCAUUGGAUUACAUUAUUCAUCAGCUUUCAAGGAAUCACUUCAACUGUGUCCGUUUUACGUAUGCAACGCAUAUGUAUACUCGAUACGCUAAUCGCACUGUGUCAGAAACUUUUGAUUCAUUAAAUCUAACAGAUGCUAAAGCAGGAAUUGCAAAGUAUAAUCCUUCAUUUUUGAGCAUGACCCAUGUUCAAGCCUUUGACGCUGUGGUUGAUCAGUUUGGUGCACAGGGUGUACUGGUGGUACUCGAUAAUCAGGUUAGUAGACCAACUUGGUGCUGUGGUUAUGACGACGGUAAUGGGUUUUUUGGCGACAAGGAUUUUGAUGCUGAGGAAUGGUUACAAGCUUUAGCUACCGUAGCCGACCGCUUUAAGGGCAAAUCUCAGGUCAUAGGAAUAAGCACCCGAAAUGAGCUACGUGGACCUUCCUCAAAUGAGGAUGACUGGUAUAAAUACAUGCACGAAGGAGGAUCAACCAUUCACAGAGCAAACCCAGACGUACUUAUCUUUGUUUCAGGGAUAGGUUAUGCUAGUGAUCUCACUUACCUACAGAAUAAGUCUUUGGAUACUAACUUUGAUAACAAGUUAGUAUAUGAGGCUCACUGGUAUCCUUUUAGUUGGGGAGUUGGCAAAACUUGGGAUUUAGAGGAUGUGAAUGGUGCUUGUUAUGAUAAUACUCAAUACUUCGUCAACCAUACUGGUUUUGUCAUUAAUGGCGAGAAGCCAUUCCCUAUGUUUUUGGGUGAAUUUGGUAUUGAUCAAAGAGGUUUAAGCAGAGGUGAUGAGCAUUUUAUGGCCUGCUUUAUGGCUUAUGCUGCUGAUACUGAUGUGGACUGGGGUUUCUGGGCAUGGCAAGGAAGCUAUUAUUACAGAGAAAAUCAAACUGGCACAGAGGAAACUUUUGGGGUCAUGAAUUUUAACUGGAAUCGUGUUAGAAAUCCAGAGUUCCAAAACAGGAUGCAGCUUAUAACGAAGAAACUUCAAGAUCCAAGUUCAAAUUCUUCGACAUCCUAUAUAAUGUUCCAUGCACUGAGUGGAAGCUGUAUCCAUACAGAUGGCAACAAGGAAAUCUAUGCAACAAGUUGCAAGGCUCCCCGUCGUUGGAGUGAUCCGGCAGGAGAUGUGAUUCCGAUGAAAUGGCUCCACGACGGAGAUGGUGCACCAAUCAGAUUGAAAGGAACUAAAUUGUGCCUUAAAGCACUUGGAGAGGGGCUUGCACCAAUUCUUUCAGAAGACUGCUCAAGCCCGCAAAGUUCUUGGAAAUUUCUUUCAAAGACUAAGCUUCACUUGGCUGCCACAGAUGAAAAUGGAGAAUAUCUUUGCUUGCAAAAGGAAUCUCCUUACACCUCCAAGAUUCUUACUAACGCUUGCAUUUUUAUGAAUGAAGAGCCAGAGUGUGGUAAAGAUCCACAAAAAGAUCCAGUAACUCAAUGGUUUAAGCUUGUCAAGACAAACCUAUUAUAGGUUAAUAUCUUUGUUCCUUACUCUUGCUAGGUUUGUUUUUGCUUUUUCUGUUUGUUAGUUCCUCAUUACAAGUAGUUAGUGUUUUUCGGUAAUGU